CUAAGCCAUCGGGCUGAGAGAGAGAGAGAGAGAGAGAGAGAGAGAGGAUGGGCGGAGAAGGGAAUGACGAAAGGGCAGGACUUCUCCUUGAGGCGGCCGGCGGCGAGGAGUCGCCGACGGCGUACUCGGAGGAGGCAGUUGCUGAGGCCGCACCGAAGGACGCUUUCCGAUUGGCGUACGCGGUGUACUUCAUCCUGGGGGCGGGGUUCCUCCUGCCGUGGAACUCCUUCAUCACCGCCGUCGACUACUUCUCCUACCUUUACCCGGACGCUCCCGUCGACCGCGUCUUCUCGGUUUCCUACAUGCUCACAUUACUCCUCCUCCUCCUCCUCAUCGUCGGUUGGGCCCACUUGUCAAGCGCCCCGCUACGCAUCAACGCCGGCCUCGCUCUCUUCGUCGUCUCUCUGCUCGUCGUCCCGAUCAUGGAUGCCGCCUACGUCAAGGGCGUGAGGGGUCUUUAUGGAGCGUACGAUGUCACUGUCGGUGCCGUGGUCCUAUCCGGUAUAGCCGACGCCCUUGUCCAGGGUGGAGUAAUCGGAUCCGCCGGAGAGCUCCCUGAGAGGUACAUGCAGGCGGUCGUCGCCGGCACUGCCGCUUCUGGAGUACUUGUUUCAGCUAUGAGAGUAUUUACGAAAUCCAUUUAUCCUCAAGAUGCUCAUGGCUUGAGACAAAGUGCCAAUUUAUACUUUAUUGUGAGUGUUGUGAUGAUGGUCAUCUGCAUCGCUUGUUACAAUAUAGCCGACAGGCUUCCGGUUGUUCAGUACUACAAAGGCAUCAAACAAGCAGCUAUGAAAAAAGAGAAGACCGAGAAAGGCCCCAUGAGUGGAUCUGUAUGGAGAUCAACACUGUGUCACAUUGUUGGAAGGAUCAAAUGGUCUGGUUUUGGGAUCAUGCUCAUAUAUCUCGUCACACUAUCAAUUUUCCCUGGAUAUAUUACAGAAGACGUCCAUUCUGAGACCCUGAAAGACUGGUACCCAAUUAUUCUCAUUGCCGGAUACAAUGUGUUUGAUUUGGUUGGGAAGUCCCUGACCGCAGUUUACCUCCUGGAGAAUGAAAAUGUUGCAGUCGUUUCCUGCAUCGUGAGGCUUCUGUUCUACCCACUGUUCUUGGGUUGCUUACAUGGCCCGAAAUUCUUCCGCACCGAAGUUCCAGUGACAAUCUUGACAUGUCUUUUAGGUCUUACAAAUGGGUACUUGACCUCUGUGUUGAUGAUACUAACACCAAAAUCUGUGCCAAUACAACAUUCAGAGACCGCAGGAAUUGUGAUAGUGCUGUUCUUAGCAAUUGGCCUGGCUUCUGGUUCAAUUGUUUCAUGGUUUUGGGUCAUUUAAGAAGCACUUGUGCUAUUGUAAAAUGCCUCUCAUCUUCUCCUUGUUUCACAAAGAUUAUAAAAUUGUCAAAAAUAUAACAAUGAUGUUUAUUAUGACAUUGCUGUUGGUAUUUAAUCUCCUGGUUGUGGUGUA